GCGAGAGAAAGAAUAACCGCUUCGCUGACGUAGUUUUGGUUAUCAGUUCAUUUGAUUCGGACGUUCCGGCAACUUGUUAGUAAACAUGAGUUUCUGUGAGAACAAUAACUACACGGUGGAUGAAUGUUCCUAUGAAAGGAUUAAAGAGACUACAGAAUUUCUAAUUCAGAAAACCAAAUAUCGACCAAAAAUUGGAAUUAUCUGUGGAUCCGGAAUAGGACCCCUGGCUGACAAUUUACAAAAUGCAGAUUCCUUCGAUUACAGUCAAAUUCCCAACUUUCCCGUAAGCACAGUUCCGGGUCAUAAAGGUCGACUUGUAUUUGGCACCUUGGGUGGAAUCGAGGUCCUUUGCAUGCAAGGACGUUUUCAUUAUUAUGAAGGCUAUUCGUUGAAUAAGUGUUGCUUUCCGGUGCGAGUUAUGAAAUUACUGGGCAUAACGCAUUUGAUUGCUACAAAUGCCGCUGGCGGAUUGAACCCAAAUUAUGAAGUCGGUGAUAUAAUGAUAGUAAGAGACCAUAUCAAUCUCAUGGGAUUUGCUGGAAACAAUCCGCUUGUCGGCCAAAACGACGAUCGCUUUGGCACUAGAUUUCCGCCGAUGAGCCGAGCUUACUGUCGCAACAUGAUCAACAUAGCGAAAAAGAUUGCCGCAGAGAUGAAAUUGGGGAAGAGGGUCCACGAGGGUGUCUACACUUGUCUCGGGGGUCCCAACUUCGAGACGGUCGCCGAACUAUGUAUGCUGAAGGCGGUCGGUGUGGACGCAGUAGGAAUGUCAACUGUACACGAGGUUUUGGUAGCAAGACACAGUGAUAUGACAGUUUUUGCAUUCAGUCUGAUUACGAAUAAAUGCUCAACCUCUUACGCCACUGAAGAAGAAGCGAACCAUGAAGAAGUAAUGGACGUAGGAAAAACCAGCGCUCCUAUUUUAUGUGAUUUUGCAACGAGGAUAGUUAAACAGAUCAGUAAGAUAUCUGGAUGAAAUUGUGUAAAAUAAUAAUUGGAAUUAUUUUUGAGAACUGAACGAUAUUUUAAAAAAAAUUAUCAAUCGCCAUUCGCCAUUGGCUGCGAGUUAAAUAUAUUUCUAAUUCACAAUCUAUCCUAGGGAUGGAUUAGGUUAAAUGCAAAAAGAAUGUUCUAACUCAAAAUUAUUAUAUUUAUUAAUGCAAGUUAAUAUAUAACUCCAGUUGUUAGACGAUUAAAAACUAUUCUAUCAUUAUUUAAAACAUAUUGUAAUCAUUAUUUCAUUUAUAAUAAAGUACACCUAGUAAAUAAGUA